AUGCCCCGCAGGCGCAUCAUCAACGACCCGAGGUACAAGGCGGUGCGGGCCCUGGGGGAGCGCAAGCAGCUCUUCAACGAGUACACCCAGGCGCGGCGGACAGAGGAGAAGGAUUUGGUGCGGCGGAGGGCGGCGGAGGCGAAGGACGCGUUUAGCGCAAUGCUGGAGGGCUGCGGCGCCAUCCGGCUGGGAGACAGCUUCCGGGACGCCAGGCAGCUUCUGAGGGACGACCCCCGCUGGGCGGCCGUCCCCGACGAGGGUGCGCGGGAGGAGCUAUUUGAUGUCUUCAUGCGCGGCUUUAGGCGGCGCACGGAGGAGAAGGACCGCGCGCGAAAGCGGGAACGGGAGGCGGCUUACAGGGAGCUCCUGCGCGGAGCGGGGCUCACGCUGGCCAGCCAAUUCCGCAAGGUGGCGGCGAAGCUGGAGGGGCAGGCGGCCUUUGAUGCCCUGGACAGGGAGGAGCGGCUGCGCAUCUUCGAGCUGUUUGUGCGUGAGCUGGAGGAGCGGGAGCGGCAGGAGCAGGAGAGGGCCAAGGAGGAGGAGCGGCGCGCGGAGCGGCGGCGGCGGGACGCGUUCAGGGCGCUGCUGCGGGAGCACGCGUGA